AAAGGCAAAAAUUUUAAAUUGAAGAGUCGGAACAAUUUUUUAACUUUUUUGCCCCUAAUGAAAAAUAUGCUUGACGUUUUUGCCAGACACAAAAUGAACAGCGUGUUUCUGUAGGCGACAGAACUUGAAAAAAUCAACCACAGCAACAGAGAAAGAAAAUUUUCGAGGAAAAGAAGAAAAGGAUCGAAAUAGUAACUCAAAUGUCUUCCUCUGCCCUGAAAAUGAUCAAUCCCAACUCGGAUGUCGCCAGACGCGGUCAGGCACUUCAACUCAACAUUACAGCCGCAAUUGGUUUGCAAGAUGUCUUAAAAUCCAACCUGGGCCCUAGAGGAACAAUUAAGAUGUUAGUUGAUGGUGCCGGAGGAAUUAAGCUUACCAAGGAUGGUAAAGUUCUUUUGAGUGAAAUGCAAAUUCAACAUCCUACAGCUGCCAUGAUUGCCAAGGCUGCCACAGCUCAAGAUGAAAUUACAGGAGAUGGUACCACCUCUAUUGUCCUAUUAGUUGGUGAAUUGUUGAAGCAAGCCGAGCGCUACAUUUCUGAAGGCCUUCAUCCUCGUGUAAUCACUGAAGGUUACGAUCUUGCCAAAAAGGAAGCUCUUAAAUUCUUGGAAGAAUUCAAAACAGCAAACGUUGAUAUUGAUCGUGAAUUACUUAUUUCAGUUGCUCGUACUUCACUCCGUACCAAGGUUCAUAAAGCCUUAGCUGACACACUUACCGAAGCAGUUGUAGACGCUGUUCUUGCCGUUCAACAUGAAAAUGAACCUAUCGAUUUACAUAUGGUUGAAAUCAUGAAAAUGCAACAUCGUUCUGAAACUGACACCAAACUUAUCCGUGGCCUUGUUUUGGACCACGGUGCUCGCCAUCCUGAUAUGCCAAAGAAGAUCAAAGAUGCCUUCAUCUUAACCUUGAAUGUCAGUCUGGAAUACGAGAAAUCAGAAAUUAACUCGGGCUUUUUCUAUUCAACACCUGAACAGCGUGAUAAAUUAGUUGAGAGUGAACGUAAACAUGUUGAUGAUAAAGUACGCCGUAUUGUUGAAUUCAAAAAAGAAGUGUGCAGCGGUGAAAAUGCGAACCGAGGAUUUGUUAUCAUCAACCAAAAGGGUAUUGAUCCCCUUUCGCUUGAUAUUCUAGCUAAGAACGGUAUUUUUGCUCUUCGUAGAGCUAAAAGAAGAAAUAUGGAACGUCUUCAAUUGGCUUGUGGCGGCAUUGCUCAGAACUCAGUGGAUGAUUUAACUCCUGAAGUACUUGGCUAUGCUGGUAAUGUGUAUGAACAGGUCUUGGGCGAAGAAAAGUAUACUUUUGUUGAAGAUGUCAAGGAUCCUUACAGUGUAACCAUUUUGAUCAAGGGUCCCAAUCCUCAUACCAUCGCUCAAACAAAUGAUGCAGUUCGUGAUGGUCUUCGUGCCGUUAAAAAUGCAAUCGAAGAUAAGGCAGUUGUUUUGGGUGGUGGUGCCUUCGAAGUAGCAUUAUCACAACAUUUAAUCCAAUAUAAGAAGCAAGUGAAGGGCCGUGCCAAGAUGGGUGUACAAGCCUUUGCAGAUGCUAUGAUGGUGAUUCCUAAAGUUUUAGCCCAAAACGCAGGUUUUGACGCACAAGAUGUGAUUGUGGCCUUGCAAGAUGACCACAUGGAUGGACAUAUUGUUGGUGUAGACCUGAAGACAGGAGAAACCAUGGAUCCCAAAUUGGAAGGUGUUUGGGAUAAUUACCGUGUUCAUCGUCAUAUGCUUCACUCAUGCUCUGUUAUUGCAGGCAAUCUCCUGUUAGUUGAUGAAAUUAUGCGUGCAGGCAGAACUUCUUUGAAGCAAUCUCAAAUGGGUGAACAAUGAAAUGAUAUGUAGGAGAGAUAAAGAAAUUUUUUUUUUGUAAAAGUAUAGCUGUCUGAUUAUAUAUAUGUUCAUAUAUAACCUAUGAUUUCCCUUUUCUUUUUCUUCUUCUUUUUGAUACAUUUCUUUAUAAAAAAGUUGAUAUUGGUAACAAGCAGUUUACAUUUAAG